GUCUAAAAGAUUAACUUGAUCAGUUAUGGCUUGUGAGAACUCCAUAUCUAAUGGCAAACUCAAUGCAAAUGCUGAGCCAAUAAGAACUUAUCAAGUGGUAGUAGCUGCAACAAAGGGUUUAGGUAUUGACAAAGAUGGCAAGUUACCCUGGGAUUUGCCAACUGACGCAAAGUUUUUCAUGAAAGUUACAUAUGCUACAUCAGAUCCUACUAAAAGGAAUGCUGUCAUAAUGGGUAGAAAAAGUUGGGAAAGUAUUCCAUUGGCUGACAGGCCUUUUCCUGGACGCCUAAAUGUUAUUCUCACCCGUUCUGGUAAAUUUAAUAUUGCUACUUCUGAGAAUGUUUUGAUGUGUUCGAGUACGGUGUCUGCUUUGGAAUUACUAGCAACACCGCCUUAUUCUGAAUCCAUCGAAACAGUUUUUGUUAUAGGAGGUGGAGAGAUUCUAAGGGAUGCGCUUAACGCUCCUGGAUGUGAAGCUAUCCACAUUACAGAAAUUGAGGCAGACCUGGAAUGCGACGUGUUCAUUCCUCCUAUAGACUUUUCGGUCUUUCAUCCUUGGUAUUCGUCGUUUCCAUUGAUUGAAAACAAUAUACGCUACUCUUUUAAUACCUAUGUUAGGGUGAGAAAUUCAGCUGUUUCAGAUGCUUCUAAGUUUGAUGUAACAAAGUUCACUUUUCUUCCCAAGAUGAUAUUUGAGAAACAUGAGGAGUAUAUGUAUUUAAGACUGGUUGAAGAUAUAAUUGAAAACGGAAAUACAAAGGAUGAUAGGACAGGGACAGGUACUUUGUCCAAAUUCGGAUGCCAGAUGCGAUUCAAUCUGCGCAAAUAUUUCCCUCUUCUUACAACAAAGAUAUUUCAUAGUGGGGGGGAUAACCUUGUAUUUGCUCUACAGAAAGUAUUUUGGCGUGGCGUUGUGGAAGAACUUCUAUGGUUCAUUAGUGGAUCGACAAAUGCUAAGGUGCUGCAAGAAAAGGGCAUUCGUAUAUGGGAUGGAAAUGCAUCUAGAGACUAUCUUGAUAGCAUUGGUUUGAAAGAAAGGGAAGAAGGGGACCUUGGACCUGUUUAUGGGUUUCAAUGGAGACACUUUGGUGCUAGAUACACUGACAUGCAUGCGGACUACAAUGGCCAAGGAUUUGACCAACUCUUAGAUGUUAUUGACAAGAUCAAACGAAACCCGGAUGAUCGUCGGAUCAUUCUUUCAGCUUGGAAUCCCUCUGAUAUCAAUAUAAUGGCUCUUCCACCUUGCCACAUGUUUGCUCAGUUCUAUGUAGCCAAUGGGGAGUUAUCAUGUCAAAUGUAUCAGCGGUCUGCUGACAUGGGUCUUGGUGUGCCUUUUAAUAUCGCCUCUUAUUCCCUCCUGACUUGCAUGAUUGCUCAUGUUUGUGAUCUUGUCCCAGGCGAUUUUGUUCAUGUUAUAGGAGAUGCUCAUGUUUAUCGUACUCACAUUAGACCUUUGCAAGAGCAACUUCAGAAACUACCUAAAGCUUUUCCAAUUCUGGAGAUUAAUCGCGAAAAGAAGGACAUAGAUUCCUUUGUGGCUGCAGACUUCAAACUCAUAGGAUAUGAGCCUCACCAGAAAAUAGAAAUGAAAAUGACGGUGUAG